GAAGUUCCUGCGGGUGGCUGUCACCGCCCCGUUCCUCUCCCAAAGGUGUUCUCCUGAGGCUAGCUGCCUGCGGGCGUCGCCCCGGGAUGGAGCACAUCCGGACAACCAAGGUUGAACAAGUAAAGUUACUUGACCGGUUUAGUACCAACAACAAGUCACUGACAGGAACACUGUAUCUUACGGCCACACACCUAUUAUUUAUUGACGCUCAUCAAAAAGAAACCUGGAUACUACACCAUCAUAUUGCCUCCGUGGAGAAACUUGCUCUGACCACUUCUGGAUGCCCACUCGUGAUACAGUGCAAGAACUUCAGGAUUGUGCAUUUCAUUGUUCCCAGGGAAAGAGAUUGCCAUGAUAUUUAUAACUCUCUACUGCAACUAUCAAAACAAGCAAAAUAUGAAGAUCUGUAUGCAUUCUCUUAUAACCCCAAGCAAAAUGACACUGAGCGGCUGAACGGGUGGCAGCUCAUUGACCUUGCUGCAGAGUAUGAGAGGAUGGGAGUGCCCAAUGCAAACUGGCAACUGUCCGAUGCCAACCGAGAGUAUAAGGUCUGUGAGACGUAUCCCAGAGAGCUGUAUGUUCCUCGGACAGCUAGCCGGCCAGUGAUCGUCGGCAGUUCCAACUUCCGGAGCAAGGGCAGACUUCCGGUCCUGUCCUACUGCCAGCAGGGCACUGAGGCUGCCAUUUGUCGAUGCAGUCAGCCAUUGUCAGGCUUCAGUGCCAGGUGCCUAGAGGAUGAGCAUUUGCUUCAAGCCAUUAGUAAAGCCAACCCAGGAAACCGCUACAUGUAUGUUGUGGAUACCAGGCCCAAGCUCAAUGCAAUGGCUAACAGAGCAGCUGGAAAAGGUUAUGAAAAUGAAGACAACUAUUCUAAUAUUAGAUUUCAGUUUGUUGGAAUAGAAAAUAUUCAUGUCAUGAGAUCCAGCCUUCAGAAAUUACUGGAAGUGAAUGGCAGCAAGGGGCUUUCUGUCAACGAUUUCUACUCUGGUUUGGAGAGUUCAGGAUGGCUUCGUCAUAUCAAGGCUGUUUUGGAUGCUGCAAUCUUCUUAGCCAAAGCAAUAGUGGUUGAAAAUGCAAGUGUGCUGGUACACUGUUCGGAUGGGUGGGACAGGACCUCCCAAGUGUGUUCCCUCGGUUCACUCUUGUUGGAUUCCUACUACAGGACAAUGAAAGGAUUCAUGGUUUUAAUAGAAAAAGAUUGGAUAUCGUUUGGGCAUAAAUUUUCAGAGAGGUGUGGCCAUUUGGAUGGUGACCCAAAGGAAGUCUCACCAGUGUUUACUCAGUUCUUGGAGUGUGUGUGGCAUCUGACUGAGCAGUUCCCACAAGCCUUUGAGUUCAACGAAGCGUUUCUUCUUCAGAUCCAUGAGCACAUUCACUCAUGCCAAUUUGGGAACUUCCUUGGCAACUGUCAGAAGGAAAGAGAGGAACUCAGGUUGAAGGAGAAGACUUACUCCCUGUGGCCUUUUCUUUUGGCUGACAAAAAGAAGUACUUAAAUCCUCUCUACAGUUCCAAAUCUCAGAGAUUGACAGUCUUGGAGCCAAAUACAGCCUCUUUCAAUUUUAAAUUUUGGAGAAACAUGUACCACCAAUUUGAUCGGACGCUCCAUCCUCGGCAGUCUGUACUGAACAUAAUUAUGAAUAUGAAUGAGCAAAACAAGCAGUUAGAGGAAGACAUUAAAGACCUAGAGGCUAAAAUUAAGCAAUGCAAGAGUGGCAUCCUAACGAAGGACUUGCUGCAUGCCGUUCACCCUGAGUCGCCCAGUCUGAAAACCUCGCUGUGUCUGAAAGAGCAGAGUCUGCUCCCGGUGAAGGACACACUCCGAGCUGUAGAGGGCAGCAGCCCAGCAGAUAAUCGCUACUGUGACUACGCUGAGGAGUUUUCCAAGUCGGAGCCUGCUGUGGUCAGCUUGGAGUACGGCGUGGCCCGAAUGACUUGUUAGCCUCCUUCAGUGUUCCCUGGAUGGCUGUAGUGUGAGGAGGGUCUGUACACAUGGGCAGGAGGUCUGAGUGACUUAGGGGCUUAGCAGCAGGUGAAUAGCUGAGAAAAGGGAGCAGCUCUUGGGAGGAGUGAGUCAGCCAAGUGCCACUGGCAGUGUGAGUGCUGUUGUGUGUGCUUACUGGAAAUGAUUUACACAGUGCUAGUGAGCUGGCAGUCUGUUGAUUCAGAUGUUAAUUACAGCCAAACUCAAUAGCUUUCCUUGAGUGUGAUGUAACUCUGAGAGAACAGACCUGACAACCUGAA